UUGUUACGCAGCUACACAGACUAUGUAGCAUCACAUGGCCAACCAUCCAGAGUAAACAAAUGUAUUGAAACCUACACGAAGUAUAUGUCGCACAUAACGACAUGUGAUGAUUAGCAAAAAAUUAUGUGUUUAACAUCACAAACCCACUUAACCUCGUCGGAACCUGGUUAAUCUCUUCGGAACAGUAAAACCGAACCCGAUUUACCCGGUUUUUAAAAAAAACCCGACCCACCCUUAAUUAACCAUAAACCCGACCCAGAUUUAACCUAAAUCUAGCCCAAUUCUGCAAUUUAGAAGCCCAUUAAAAUGAGAAAAGAAGAAAUCGAAUCAAGAACUCAACUUUCCCCGUUCUUCGAAUCGUGAGAGAGAGAGAACGAACAAGUGCAAAAGAAGUGGAUUUUGUGGCUAAAUUCGCAAGAGAAGAGUGAAUCGGUGAAGAAUCAAGUCGAGAUGAGUGUCUCGGUGAAAGUGAAAUGCUUUCACUCUGGUCGGUUUAAAGAUGAAGGUGGAUUGUGUUAUGUAGAUGGAACCGUCGACGAGUUCGAGUUGGAUGCGGAUUCUCUUUUCACGAACUUGGUAAUGAAGAUGUUUGAGAAAAGGAUUGUGAUUGGGAAGUUGUGGUUCAAGCUACCAUUCCAUGAGUUGGAAGAUAGGAAACCUUUAUUUGAAAAUGUCGAAGCCAAUAAGAAGAGAAUGGAAUCUUCAGCGCGUUGGUACAAGGAGCUCGACAUCUAUGUAGAGAGAGAUAGGGUUGUUCUAGCUGAAGAAGGUAGCACGAAUGUUGGAGUUCAAGAAAGGGGUAUGAACGUUGAACCAGAAGAAGAGGGUCUGCAUGAUAGAGCUGAAAAACAGUGUGAGAAGCUCUGUGAAAAGCUGGCUGAAAAGAAUUCUGAGACGGGUUUGAUGUUUGAUGAAGAUGAAGAUGAGGCGUUAGACACUUUGUAUGAUCCUCUUGCAGACGACUCGGAUGAUGAGAAGUGUUCAGAAGAUGCCUUGUCAGAAUCUUCAGAAUCGAAUGAUGAGGCGGAAGUUGUUGAAGAGGAUAUAGUAGACAUCGACAAUGUGAACUAUGAGGAACAGAUACCAGACGAAGAUGAGGUGUACCCUGCUACAGACGAUUCAUCUGGUGAUGAAGAAGAACAAGCUGAGAGAUUAGUGCAAAGGGGUUUACCGGAUGGAGUGUUCAGCUUGAGACAGCUCUUCAGCAGUGGGUCAGAAUUUAAGAAGAAUGUCAUAAGAUACAUCCUGAAGACUGGGCGUAAUGUGGUAUUUGAUAGAUGGGAAAAGACUAAGCUUGGUGCAAAGUGUGGUGAAAAGAAUUGUGGAUGGAGGAUAUAUUGCUCUGUUGAAGAACCUAUUGGCAAAUGGAUGGUUAAGGUAUAUGAAGAUGAGCAUCAAUGUCAUCCUGUGGGGCGGUGCAAGCUUAUCAAGAGCCCUGUUGUUGCUGAUUUGUUUCUUGAAGAUAUAAGGCGAGAUCCAGAGAUGAGUGCACCGGAGAUCAAAGAUGAAAUGAAAAGGAGAUACAACAUUAUCAUCUCGCCUGCUCAGUCACAAGUUGCUAGAAGACUGAUUUUCGAUAAGUUGCAAGCUGAAACUGAUGAACAAUUUGCAAGACUUAGAGACUACGAGCAUGAAAUCAAGAGGACCAACAAAAACACUACUGUGGAGAUCAACACAACUCGUAGAGAAGAUGGAAGUGAAGCAUUUUCACAAAUGUACUUAUGCUUUGCGGCUCUAAAGACUUCAUGGAAGCAACACUGCAGACCAGUUAUUGGUUUGGACGGUACGUUUCUGAAGCACUCAAUGCAGGGAAUGAUAUUAACUGCUAUUGGAAGGGAUCCUAAUAACCAGAUAUACCCGAUAGCGUGGGCUGUAGUUUCUUCUGAAAAUAAUGAUAAUUGGGAGUGGUUUAUCCACAAAGUCAAGGUCGACUUGGACUUGGGUGAAGGCGAUGAGAUCACAAUAAUAUCUGAUAUGCACAGAAGUUUGAUCCACGGUGUUGCUACUGAGUUGCCAAAGGCAGAGCAUCGGGCUUGUGCAAGACAUAUCUACGCCAAUCUGAAGAAACUGCACAAGUCAGACACACUGAAGCCAAUGUUUUGGAGGGUCGCAAGCAGCUACAAUGAAGCUGAUUUCAAGCAAAAUUUAGCUGCAUUUAGAGAGUUUGACCCAUUGGCAUGUGAUGAGCUCCUUAAGAGAGACCACCGGACUUGGUGUAGGGCGUUUUUUAGGAUUGGUUGCUGUUGUGCAGACACACACAACAACUUGACAGAGUCCUUUAAUAGGACUCUAAAGGUGGCACGGAAGAAACCUUUUGUCCAGAUGUUAGAGCUGAUAAGGAGAGAUGCAAUGCAAAGGAUUGCCAACCGCUUUGAACAAGCUCGUAAGGAACCUGCAAGGCAUACUAAGAAAGCAAGAAAGGAGGUUGAGAAGUCGUGUGAUGAAGCUCAACACUGUCGUUCUGUCUCUAGCACUGGUGGGAGGUAUGAGGUUGUUGAGGGAACUAAUGGAUACUCGGUGAAAUUGCACAAGAGGACAUGUGCGUGUAGAAAGUGGGAUCUAACUGGGAUUCCAUGUCGUCAUGCUGUGUGUGCGAUCAGGGAGAACACAGGCUUGGUUGAAGACUACAUAUCUGAUUACUACACGACCGAGAAAUGGAGAGAGACUUAUCGAAGAGAUUUGAAGCCGGUCAAUGGACCAAAAUUUUGGGCUGAGUGUGGAGGAGGACGCAUUGUUGGACCACCUUACAAACGUCCUCCAGGAAGACCUAAGGGAAAAGCUAGGAUCAAAGGAGUACAUGAGUCACCCUCAAAAAAGAGGGUUGGUCGCAAAGGAAGGGUACCACACUGUGGUAUUUGCAGUGAGAAAGGUCAUAACUCAAGGACAUGCCCCACUAAGUCUCCGGAGACCAGGAAAAAACGAAGAUGGCUAAGUAAGCAAUGUGAAGAAGAUGCUGAAGAAGCAGCUGCAAGGAAUGGUCAAGAUGAAGCAAACGAUGAAGCUCAGGAAACAGCUGAAAUGGAAGCUGAUUUGGCAGCUCAAAUGGAAGAUCAAGUAGAAGUUGAGUUUAUUUCUUCUACUGCACCUCAGCCAAGCCAACCAAGCCAAGGAAACCAAGCACCACAACGAAACCUCAGAAGAAGCAGUCGCUUGGCAGCUUUGCUUUUCGGUUGAAGGGAGGUUUAUCCUUUUUUUGAAAAACAAUUUACAUGUGGUAACAUGUUCUCGGGUACCUUAUUAGGAUUGUUUUACAUGUUUUAACAUGUCCUCGGAAAGCUUCUUUUUUCAUGUUCUAUCAUGUUAACGAUGAUGUAAUGUUUAAACUUCAACUAUGUAUUCCAUUUUGAACUGGUUUAUCUACUUCUAGUUUAUGAUUAUAGUUUGUCAUUCUAAGCUUCUUA